AAUUGCUAUACGCCCCGCUUUGUCUAUGUUGACCAACGUACUCUACACUGCUUCUGCAAUUUCUACCUCCAUGACGAUAACCUGAGAGGGAUACGCUGGGGAGUUUAGGAGUCAAUUUUAAUAUCAUUAUCCUGUCUGGCAAAGGUUUCCCUCAUUUACAACCCCUACGCUGCCGUCAUGGGCAUCUGCUCGUCCUGCCUUGGACGAGGCCGCGAGCGCGAUCAAGAGACCGCCGAUGAGGUAAGUGAUUUGGAUGCAGCCGAUCUACUUUUACGAGGGGGCGAGGGAGAUGCACCGGAUGAAUGGACGCUGAUACUCUCCUUCCGCAGGACGAAAGCUCGCGAUUACUCUUCGAUGAUCCUCAUGGGCACCAUUAUGGCAGUUUCGCCGAUCAACACACUGGAACCACUCAAGCAGAUCCACAAGAAGUUCAGAGGGAGACAGAGGCCUUGCAGAAGGUCGUAGCACAAACCUCAAAGUACGCAUUUUAGAUACUCUCAGCCAUUCAUUACGAGCCCACCGAUCCCGAUCUGCUCGCAAGAUUCUCUUCGUUCCAUGUCCUUUUGCACACCCUCAAUUGAUCCGUGGUACUGACUUGUGUAUUGUAGCCAUCUCGUCGACAUUUUUGCUAUGGUACCACCAAACGGCCAAACUGCCGCGUCCUCCAUCUUCCCCGCCCAAAACGCGAAAUUCCUCCGUUACCAGGACCUUCUUGCGAAGAUGUCCUCGGACGACCAAUCAAUCCGGGCCAAGCCACUCUCUGCAGAGAACACGCCUAACGUAUCUGAUGGAUGGUUGUCGGAAGAAGAUGAUCUGGAGGAAAUGAAGAGUUACAGGCCCGUCAAAUCAGACGGGAUAGGCCCCCUUCUGGGAGGAUUCGAAAAUGCAGAUUCUGCCAUGGAAUAGACAUGGUUGGCAGGCGUGAUACCCAACGAUUUCCUUUGUUAUGUGUUGCACGGCGUUGAGGCGCUGGGCUUGUUGCAAUUCCAUGAUAUUGGGGCCUGCUUUCAAUGCAAUUUGUAUGUGAUCUGAGGAUGGAACAGAUGAUUAUUGGGAUUUGACUGGACCAGCAAGCGUAAUUUGACUAUGCGUUGUAUCAUUCCAGCAUUUCCUUUGUCAAAAGCGCUUGUUUACUGGCUGCUGGGUCGUUGAACAGAGCCUAUCAAAUUACCCUCCUGCUCUGCAGUAGGCUG